AUGUCAGAUAAAGUUCAUAUAACAAGAGAAUCAAGUAGUGCUGAUCACUCUUUAGAGGCAAUAGGACAUGCAUUAGCAGGUGGUAUUGCUGGUAUGACUACCAUUUUCUUAACUUAUCCUCUUAGUACUGUUUCAACUCGUUUACAAGUACAACAAAAACAAGCAUUAAAACAACAACAACAAUCAGAUACAAGUGUAUUACCAGUACCAUAUAAAGGAACAAUUGAUGCAUUCAAGAGAAUCAUUGCAGAAGAGAAUUGGACAUCAUUGUAUAGUGGAUUAAAGAGUGCAUUGAUUGGUAUUGGAUGUUCAUCGUUUGUGUAUUACUAUUGGUACUCGUUUUUAAAGUCCAUCUCACUCAAGCUCAAAAACAAGACUGAGCUUUCAACAGUAGAGAAUCUUUUGAUUGCUGCUUUGGCUGGCUGUGCCAAUGUAGUCUCCACAUUGCCAAUCUGGAUUGUCAAUACUAGAUUGCAAUUAAACACUACUGGCAAGCCAAGAGGUAUGGUUAGCCAAUUCCGUACCAUCGUCAGAGAAGAGGGUAUCAAGGGUCUCUACAAUGGUCUCGUCCCUGCUUUGAUCCUAGUCUCUAAUCCAUCUAUUCAAUUUGUUUCCUAUGAAAAAUUAAAAUCACUUUGGAAGAGACAAUCUGGUAGUACUUCAAAUAGACUUGGAGGAUUAGAGAUUUUUAUUUUAGCACUUGUUGCAAAAUUGAUUGCAGGUGUUACAACUUAUCCAUACUUGUUGGUAAAGAGUCGUCUUCAAUCGAAAUCAAGCUCAGAGUCUCCAUACUCUGGUACUUUUGAUGCCAUCGUAAAGAUUUACGAGUCGGAUGGUUUACCAGGAUUUUUCAAGGGUAUCGGAUCAAAGAUGAUUCAAACUGUUUUGGGUGCCAGUAUCAUGUUUCUUAUUAAAGAAAAGAUUGUUUAUUAUACAGUUUUUAUUAUGUUUUUCUUAAAGAAAUCACUUUCAAGAAGAAAUAAAUAA